AUGGGAUUACUCAGUAUAAUAAAGAAACAGAAGAUCAAAGAUAAAGAGAUCAGAAUACUAAUGCUAGGAUUGGAUAAUUCUGGUAAAACUACAAUUACGAAAAAACUAUUAAAUCAAGAUAUAUCAACAAUUUCUCCAACACUAGGAUUUCAAAUUAAUACUAUCAACUACAACGAUUUUAACUUGAAUGUUUGGGAUAUCGGUGGACAGACUAGCCUUCGAACCUUUUGGGGAAACUACUUCGAUCAGACAGACAUUGUUAUAUGGGUGAUCGAUUGCUUGAGUUUAGAGCGGCUAAACGAAUCUUAUCAGGAACUCAGAGAAAAAGUUAUACUACAAGACAGACUCAUAGGUAUUUACUUAGUGAUUUUGAUCAAUAAGAUAGAUUUAUUAGACCCAGAAUUACAUGAAGAUAUCUGUGAACAAGUGGCCAAUACGCUAGAUUUGCCGCUGCAGAUCCCUCAAAAAGACAAAUGGACUAUCCAGAUGGUAAGCGGAAAAUCUGGCGAAGGGCUUCCGAACAUCCUAGAUUGGAUAGUAACUAGAGAGUACUAA